UUGUGAGUAACGCAUGGUUGGAGACUCUGCUGUCGGCCAUCAACGCUUUACCUAAGGAGACCAUCAAACAGGAGGUUCUGAACCCCCUCCUCCAUCAGUCUCAGCUGUCUCACCCUCUUCAAGCUCGUCUCGCCAGCUGUCGAAUUUUAGGAAAAGUCGCCUGCAAGUUCGAUUCCAACAUAGUGAAGAAGGAGCUUCUGCCUCUUGCUCGCUCUUUAUGUCAGGAUGUCGAGUUCGAGGUUCGAGCCUGUAUGUGCCGUCAGCUGGAGAGCAUCGCCAGGGCAACCAGGGUGGACGACACCAGGACAGAGCUGCUUCCUGAACUCGUGAAGCUCGCUAGAGAUGAGGAGAGCAGCGUGCGUCUCGCUGCCUUCGACACAAUCAUUAAUCUGAUGGAGAUGAUCGACAACGAUGACAGACUCCAUUUGGUGGUUCCUCUGGUGAUGUCGGUGUGCGAGGUGUCAUCUCACAGGGAUGAAACCGUCUUGGCAUCUUUGUCAUUCCAGUUUGGGAAGCUGUGCAGUGGACUGGCAGGCUCUCUGUCAGAUGAGCAGAAGGCCCGGUUGCUGCAGAGGUUUAAGGUGCUGUGUGUCACCGGUCUGCAGACUGAAGAAAAACUGACAACUGACAUCAAUGAGUCUAAGAUGAUUCGCUGCAACUGCUGCUACAACUUACCGGCCAUGAUGGUGUUUGCUGAUUCCGCCCACUUCCUGCCAGAACUCUACCCGUCUUUUUCCGCUCUUUGUUGUGACCCCGACGUCUGCGUUCGUCGAAGCGCUGCAGCCAGUUUCCACCAGGUGGUGAAGCUGCUCGGUUCAAAUGUCCAGGUGCUUCACAAAGAGCUUCUGGUUCUGCUGCAGGACGACGCUCUGGAGGUUCUGGAUGCUCUGAUGAAUCACCUGGAGGAAACUCUGGAGGCGGUUCUGUCUAGAGGAGAGAACCUGAUGUUGGACAACCCGUUCCCGGAGCUGCUGGCGGCCCUCUUUUCGGCGGAGCAGAAGGUCGGAUGUUCUCUGCGUUGGCGGCUGCAUGAGAAGCUGCUGCAGCGUUACAGCUGCCUGGCCAGACUGCUCCCUGGAGAUGUGCUGCACCAGAGCUUCUCCCCUCGCAUCUUCAUCAUCCUCACCACCAAUAAGGUGUUGCCUGUGCAGAAGGAGGCAGCUCGAACGUUCUGCACAUUUCUCCGUUACAACCGCAAACAGGAGCAGCGUCGGGAGAUGAUGGAGCGACUGAUCCAAGAUCUGGCUCAAGGUCGGAGCUACUGGAACCGACUGAGGUUUCUCGACAUUUGUCAAACAGCCACUGAGAUUUUCUCCAGAAAAUACUUCAACAAACACUUUUUUAUUCCUGCGCUGCAGCUGGUGCACGACCCCGUCGCCAACGUCAGGUACAAGCUGUGCCAGUUGUUGCCAAGGUUACGCUCGUCGCUCUGCAUGCCAGCUGACAAACAGCUGUUGCAAAAACUUGACUUCUGCGUCCAGAAGCUUCUGUGCAGAGAGACAGAUAAAGACGUGGUGGCGACGAUCCGUAAGACAGUGUUGGAACUGGACAAACUGGACCUCAAAGAACCUAAACAGGAAGUCAAACUCUUUCAGUGUCCAGUCGGGACGAGAUUAAGAUGAUGAUGUCAUUGUACCUCCACCAGACCAUCAGCCAAUCAGCAGGAAGUGAGCAGUUUGAGGACAUUACCCAGAGUGCAACAGGACAUCAUCUCUGUCUUACAGUGACUAACAGAUCUACUGUAUUCAAAUGAUCUCAUCCAAUCAUCUGAUAGGUUCAGUAAAUGCAACACAUUCAAACUGUUACUGUGUUCUUAUUGGUUGUUGAUUUCACAUGCCGACAUGUGAUUGGUUAGAUGAACAUCCUGUCAGGUUUCACAGCUGAACAUUUCUACAGAUGUUAUUUAAUAAUCAUAUUGAACAGUUUUAAUAAAAAUGGACCAAUCACAGCCAGGUGUUUCCCAGCAUGCACUGAGCCCCAGAACCUGCUGCACUCAGGAUUAAAGCGGAAGUCACACGGUUGUCCUUUUUAAAACUUGAAAACCUGAUUUAUUACAUUUUUGUUUAGUUGGAAGUGACACCACUGCUGGCUGUUGAGAAGGUUGGAACAGGUGAUGUCACAGUGACAUCACAGGUGAGGUUUGAUUUCAUGUUGGUCAGUUUGUGAAAAAACUCCAAAGGUAAAGUGACAUAUUUUAAUGUUUUAUAGUGAUUUACUGCAGUACAGUACGAAUAAUUAACAACAACAGUACGUUUAAGUCAUGAACUAUAAAUGGUUCUCAUGUGUUCAUAUUUGAUAACAUGCUCAUGAUCAUGCUAACAUGCUAAUUAGCUGCAGAUUGAAACAGGUUGACCUUCUCCUCAGUUUUUCAGUCACCAGAUACUUUGAGAUGUUUCCAAACAAAGUCUCAGUUAAAAUAAAAUAAGUUGGUUAAAGUAAAUCCACGGAUGUGAGUCUGUAUAGAACAAGCGCAGCGUGCGGAACCUCAGUGUUUACAAACCUUUGACCCCUGAGCCUCCAUCCCUGGUCAAAAACCACAGGGAUUUUUAUAUCCUUUAAUUUACCACCAUGUUCUGAGCUAAAUGCUAACAGCUGAUGUUUAGCAGGUGUAACGAUCACCAUCAUUAGCAUGAUAGCAUGCUAACAUGAGCUAUUAAGGAGUAAAUACGGGGUUGAUCAGGCUGAAGGGAAAGUCGAUGAUAAUGGCGGUAAACAUAAGUCUGAGUGUAAAUACACCUGUUGAAACAUAA